UUCCAUUCUUUUUUCUAUGGGUUGUGACCUCUUCAGAAUUGUUGUUGUUCUAAGUGUUUUACUUUCAGUAAUCAUAUCCUUCCCAAGUUUGAUUUUGGCUUUAACCCCAUCCCCAUGUGAGUUUCCGGCGAUCUUCAACUUUGGUGACUCUAAUUCCGACACCGGUGGCCUCUCUGCAGCAUUUGGACAAGCUCCUCCACCCAAUGGGGAGACCUAUUUCCAUUCUCCAGCAGGAAGAUACUCCGACGGCCGACUUGUAAUCGAUUUCAUAGCAAAGAGCUUUGGACUUCCUUAUCUCAAUGCCUACCUCGAUUCAGUGGGCUCCAACUUCACUCAUGGAGCCAAUUUUGCUACUGCUGGAUCAACAAUCAGACCACAAAAUACAACUCUCUCACAAAGUGGGUACAGUCCUAUCUCCUUUAACGUCCAAUUCUAUCAGUUCAAUGAUUUUCAUCGCAGAUCUCAAGUGGCUCGUACAAAAGGUGUUGUUUGGCAGGAAUUGAUGCCCAAGGAGGAAGAUUUCUCGCGUGCCUUGUACACAUUCGACAUUGGUCAAAACGAUCUAACAGCCGGCUACUUCCUGAACAUGUCGACUGACCAAGUCAGGGCAUAUGUCCCUGAUGUACUGAAUCAGUUCACUACCAUCAUUAAGUAUAUAUAUGGGCAAGGAGGGAGAUCCUUCUGGAUACACAACACAGGCCCUGUGGGCUGCCUUCCCUAUAUUCUGGAUUGGUUUCUUAUCACAGCUGCACAAGUUGACAAAGCUGGGUGUGCCAAUCCCUUCAAUGAGGUGGCUCAGUACUUCAACCAGAGAUUAAAAGAGGCCAUGGCUCAACUCAGGAAAGAUCUUCCAUUGGCUGCCAUUACCUAUGUUGAUGUUUAUUCUCUCAAGUACUCCCUCUUCAGCCAGGCCUCCAAGCAUGGAUUUGAACAGCCGCUUGUAGCUUGCUGUGGACAUGGAGGGAAGUACAACUACAACAGGCACAUAGGGUGUGGAUCAAAGGUCACCAUGGAUGGAAAACAGAUUCUACUAGGGAAAUCCUGCAAAGAUCCAUCGGUUCGGAUUAUCUGGGAUGGAGUACACUUCACUGAGGCUGCUAACAGGUGGAUCUUUGACCAAAUUGUCGAUGGAUCAUAUUCUGACCCACCCAUUCCAUUGAAAAUGGCUUGUCAUCGUCUUACCAACUGAUCUAAUUCAUCU